AGGCGCGACUGUUCACUUCCGCCUCUUCGUACAAGUGUGUGUGUGUGUGUGAAAACAAUGCUUCACUUCAAUACAUAUGUUUAUCAUGUAAGAAAGACAGUUUGAUGUUUUAUACUUGAAACUGAAGAUAACCUUUUUUCAGACCAGACUUCCUACACUUAAAUCUGUAUCUCACCGAGGAAAUAUCUGAAAUCCCGAAUGGACGUGCAGAGUUCAGGGGCAUCAUCUUACAGUAAUAGAAAGCCCAUUCUAAACAACAGUGCAAGGAAAAUCAAGGAUAAUGCUGCAGACUGGCACAAUUUCAUUCUGAAGUGGGAUAAAUUAAAUGAUGAGGGCUUCAAAGCUGCAAACAAAGCAGUAAACAGCAAAAUCAGCAAAGAUGCACAAACCAUAGCGAAUGUUGAGCUGGAUUGUGAUGGAUCAUCUGUCACUCAGAAGAGAUCCAACGUUUCUGAAACCAACCAGGAUUUGGAGGAAUGUUGUACUCAGUUACUGGAGAUCUUGGGAAAAAUGACUCGUAUUGUGACAAAAAUGGAAAAGCUUUCUUUAAGUAUAAAAGCAAUAUGUGAUUUGGAAAAAUUUCAGCAUGGAGAAACUGGAAGAAGCAUUCCUCUGUUCAACACCUGGCUUACUAAACAGUUUGAUGAGGUCUCAUCUAAACUACUGGACACAUACAGGCAAGAGCUCUCCUUGAAGAAAACCAUCAUUGAGGAAAUAGCACACACGUCUGACCAAGACCUGAUGAUGACAUACCUGUCUGCCUGGUUAUAUCAGCCUUAUGUGGAAGAGGGUACCAAACUACUACUAGAAAGCAUGUUGCUAGAGACUGGACACCGGACACUUUAGGAAGUGAAAUAAUGUCUGUUUCAACAGAAGGCCCAUACAACAAGGACAACGGUUCUUAUUGUUCACAGAAGGCACCAACAGCUAGAACCAAAUGACUCUUUGGUGACAAAAGACGAUGUCGGUAACAGUCACUGGCCAAAAGCAGCGCUCUGUUUGUACUCGAUUGUAUUUUCUGUAACUCUUUCCAAUUUGUAAUUCACCCUUGGAAACGCAGCACACAAAUUGUUUGGACUGGAAAACUGAAGAGAAAAUGAAGUUUUAUUUCCUCUCAUAGCCUUUGUGUCCAGGGCACCCAAUAUAGAGAAGACACACUUUUUGAAGACUAAUGAACGUCCUUGCAUGCAAUAAGCCAACAUCACCUUCAUUUUAUUACUGUUUUCAAAUCAGACUACAUUCCAAAAAGUGAUGCACUGCAAAUGUUAACAAUGAGGUCUACAUUGAUUAUUAUUUCAACUCAUCUUAGACAGGUGGCACAGCUAGUUCACCUUCAUCAAAGGAUACGCGUCUGAGAGUCCAUCCACUUGCUAUGUCUCUUUCAUCCAAAAAGAUGAAGCAACACAAACAUUUUUAGUACUAAAAUGCAUAGCCUUUAUCAUUCCAGCAGCUCUCACACCACAAACAUUAACUGCUUUUACAAAUCUCAUACCAAAUGGCAAAUAACAGAGACACAUGCAUUGCAUGGUACCCUUCAAACGAUAACACUGCAGUCUGUGUUGAUUACUUAGACAGGUUGCACAGCAAGUAACUAAGACAGGUUGAAAUCUAAUAAAAUGCUACGGUCUGUCUCAGAGUUACUAUUGGGGCUAGAAUCUUGAUCUUAGUCUUAAUUGAAAAUGUAUACAGUACCCUGAUACGUCCUGGAAAUUGAAGAAAAAAAACAAACUUUAGGCAGCAGCAGCCUCAGUGAAGUGACCUGUGGUCAUAUGUUUAUUACAGCAAAAUGAGUAUGCCACCAAGUGACAUAGUGGAGAGGAAAAGAACAGCAGGGACAUCUGCUGAUAACCAAGCAAAUUGCAGAAGGUGAUUACAUGAUGAAGACGACUGCAAUAAAAAAGAAAGAAAAAGCAGCGAUACCUGUCAACUGUCAAGCUCAUCAUAGAAGGCAAUUGACGCACAAUGAGAAGGAAUAUGCAAGAAAAACUCUGAGCCACAUGGACUGUCGAGAAGUAAUCCUGGAUAUGGAGCAACUGAGUAAACAGACGAACACAAUGGCUUAUAGGCAGUUAUUACAAAAUCUGCAGUAGUGCCCAGUUGUAACAUAAUCACGGCACUUUACAGCAGUCAAAUUGCAAUAAAGGCUCACUGGUGAGAAUGAAGCUGCUUUUGUAAACCGUGCACAUGUGACAUUCCAAUAAUGCCCAAGUCCUAUGUGAUGCAAAGAUGUGGCUGACAAACAUGUCUCUAUGGUCAGGGUCAACCUGUGAUUCAUUUAUUUUGAAGCAAAGUAGCUUUGGCAGAAGUGAUGGGGCUGUAUGUGGUGGCUGGCUUGUUGGUUAGGUAACUGGUCUGUAAAAUUCAUUUAACAGCAAUCACAUCAUUAUAUGUGCCAGGUGAUUGCAGCUACCUGUUCAGAUGAUGGAACUUUCUGCCUUUCUCUGACACCCCACAGAACAAAACAGAGGCGCUGUAAUGCCGUACAUGACCUGCUCCUAGCUACGGCGCACAGCCAGCAAAUGUCGAAUGCAGGUGGGAGUUUGCUCUACCAGCCCAUGACAUUCUGCAGCACUGUGACUGCAUAUGUAUGAGAUUGAUUAGCACGCUCCAUACAAGGAUGUUCCAGCGUGGCAUGUUCACGUAUGCAUAAUUACAAAUUUACAUAUUUAUUGCUGUUCUGCAAUCACAAGAUGAUUGUGAUCAUUAUAAAUAGUAAAUUGUGUAGAAAUGAGCAUAGGCCAAGUUUAUAUAUAUAUAUAUAUAUAUACACAUACACAGUAUAUUUUUUAUACUCAUUUUCUUGUGUUUUUGCCACUUGUAUAUUUUUACACUGGAUUUAUAAAUGCACAGUCCUUGUCGGGGUAGUCCUCAAUAGAAUCUGUGAUCACUUCUUCACCUACCAGUGACUGCAGCAGUCUGGUUUUACACCUAAAAAGUCUACCAGCAACAGUUCUCAUGGAGCACAAACACAAAUAUCGGCAGUGUUUCCUUGCAGCUUUUGUCGAUUUUCAUAAAGCUUUUGACACAAUUGAGCUGGCCUGUGGGACAUUCUUUACCUCCUCAU